UCUUAUCUAUAUAAGGUAUAAACCCAUACCACACGUUCUCACUCCAAUUAACAUCUAAAUAAACAAUAUUCCCAUCGUGAGAAAGGAAAAAAAAAAUACAUGGCCGAGCCAGUCCCUUCAAAGUUCCAAGGAACAUCUCCGGUAGAUUUUCCUAUCGUCGAUCUAAGUAACCCAAACGAAGACUUAGUGGCACGUGCGGUGGUGAAAGCCAGCGAGACAUGGGGGAUGUUCCAGGUGGUUAACCACGGGAUCCCCACCGAGCUGAUGCGGCGGUUGAAGGAACUGGGGACCGAGUUCUUCGAGCUGCCUGAGAAGGAGAAAGAAGCCGUAGCGAGGCCAGCUGAUUCAACGGACUUAGAAGGAUACACAACGGAUUACAAGAAAGAUGGAGAAGGUAGAAAAACAUGGGCUGAUCAUCUCUUUCACAGGAUCUGGCCACCGUCAAGAAUCAACUACAGAUUCUGGCCUAAGAACUCUCCAGAUUACAGGGAGGUGAAUGAGGAGUAUGCAAAGGAGAUAAAGAAGCUAUCUGAGAAAAUCAUGGGAUGGUUAUCAGAAGGACUAGGAUUACAUCGUGAUGCAUUGAAGGAAGGUCUUGGUGGAGAAAAGGUGGAGUAUCUAAUGAAAAUCAUCUUCUAUCCGCCGUGUCCAAAACUUGAGUUGCUCUACGGAGCUCCUCAUCACACAGAUCUCAAUGGAAUCACGUUCUUGAUCGCUGAUGAGGUAGAUGGACUUCAAGCAUUUCAGGACAACAAGUGGGUCGACGUCAAGUAUGAUGACUCAGGGAUCGUCGUCAUCAUCGCCGAUCAAAUCAAGAGGAUGAGCAAUGGGAGGUAUAAGAGUGGAGAGCAUAGAGCGACGAUAGAUACGGUGAGGACGAGACUCUCGUGGCCGGUGUUCGCGGAACCGAACCUUGAUCACGUGGUCGGACCUUUGCCUGAGCUAGUUAUUGAUGAUGCUCCUAAGUUCAAGCCUUAUGUCUACAGAGAGUACAAGUUUCUUAAGAUGAACAAGCUUCCUCUCGAGUGAUACAUCUCAUCAUCCGAAAACAGAGGAGAGACGAUGAUCAUGAACUAAUGUUUCAGUUAAUUAAUGUUGAAGUUUCAAUUAAUAAUUAUGAGUUUACUCUAUGCUUUGUAUAAAUAAAUGUUGAAGCACCUGUCCAUGUGAGAAAUAAUAUUAUUAUUUUUGCGUAAACAAACUAAAAAGCAGAAAUAAUAUUUGUUUUUUUUUGUCA